AUGGCUGACUGGAAAAGACGUGAUCAUCUGCAUAAACUUUGUGCAAGCAAAUAUCUACAAGAAUUAAAAAGCUUUCUGAAAGAUGAACCUGAAAAAGAAUUGCUUAUAAAUAUGCCCUGCUCUGGCCUCAGUGGUAAUACUUCACUCCACGAAGCUGUUCGGCUGAACAAUCAUAAUGCAUUGCAAGUUUUGCUAUCCUAUGGUGGAAAUGUUGAUGCACAGGCAAAAGGGGGAUAUACACCUCUUCACAUAUCAGCUGUACUUGGCUACAUGGAGUGCAUUAAAGUACUUCUGAAAUUUUCAGCGGACACCAGUUUAGCUGAUAACUUUGGUAAUACUCCAUACAAACUUGCAAAACAAACAAGGAAAAACAGAGCAGCUAGGCAUCUCAAAACAGAAGAAUUGAAACUUAUUGUCAUCCAGAAUAAACAAGAACCAGAGGAGUUCAAAGCUCUGAGAGAAAAUUUAGAUGCGUUGCAUUGA